AUGAAAGUGUACUUAACAAUAGUUUUACUUAUAUGCAUGGAGCAAAGAACAAAGACGCUCGCCCAACCGGGUGUGCCGAUCAGCCCCUGCCCAAAGAUCUUUCAAUACAGAUACGAUGGCAGCGAAUGGUUUGGCCUAAUUGCCGUAAGAAAUACGGAAGCACAGGCGCAGCAGCUGCGCGUAACGCUUUCCAUGCGUGGCAAACCCACAACGGUGAAUUUCCAGAACUAUUUGGGCGAAAUUGAGUUGCUAACGCGUGGACAAUUUGCCAGAGAUGCGCACGUGUUGUAUAAAAUACGUUUUCCCAAACAUCAUUUUCCACCCAAGCUGCUGCUCAUAUCGGUAAAUAACCAAGUGUUGUGCUUUGGAGCCUCAGAUCAGAGCAUAUUUAUGACGCAAAUACAGCUGGAGCAUACGCGUAAGCUCACCUUUUUGCCGGAUCAUCAGAAAACGUUUGGAGUACUGGCGCCAGCUGGCGUCGGUGGUGCGGAGUCCACAAUGGCAGUUGGUAAGGAGUUGCCAGCAAUGCAUGAGUUCGACAUGAAGCCACUGCCGCACAUCCAGUUCAAGAAAAAACCGUUCAAGCCACGACGCGAGCAGUGUGGACGUUUGGAUAAGAGCUUGGACUUUCGACUGCCACCGCGAGCUGACGAUGAGCUUCGAUUCCAUGAUGAUGCGCAGUCGCCAGUAUUUGCGCCAAUGGACGAUUACGACAUAGAUGAAGAGGUGGAGCUGGAGACGGAUGAGCUGCUCGAUGGCGUUAAUGACAGUAACAAUAGCACAGCGGGCGCUCUGCUGCCGAGCAUAACACGUGGCGCCUGGCCCUGGCUGGCAGCCAUUUACGUCAACAAUUUAACCUCGUUGGAUUACCAGUGUGGCGGCACCUUGGUCUCAGCACGUGUUGUCAUCAGUUCGGCCCACUGUUUUCAGCUGUUCAAUCAGCGCUAUACGGCCAACGAAGUCUUGGUCUUUUUGGGGCGUUACAAUCUCAAGAACUGGAACGAGGAGGGUUCCUUGGCGGCGCCCGUAGAUGGCAUCUAUAUACAUGCGGAUUACAACAAGCAGUUGAGCAACUAUGACGCGGACAUAGCGGUCGUUGUGCUAAAGACAGCAGUGCGCUUCAACACGUUCAUCCAACCAGUUUGCCUGUGGUCCGGCUCCAGCAAGAUGGAGUACAUCAUAGGCGACCAUGGCAUUGUCAUUGGCUGGAGCUUCAAUAGAAGCAAUGCCAGCUCAACUAGCACAGCUGGCGCGACAGUUGAUACUGGCGCUGCGGACAGCGCUGUUGCCAGUACGCCGCUGCUGCUGAAGGCGCCCAUAGUGUCCAACGAGCGCUGCUUUGGGGCGCAGCCGCAUUUCCGCAGCCUGGCCUCGAAUCGCACAUUUUGUGCGGGCGUGCUGCAGCAGCGUGGCGCCUCGCGUGGCAUCUACACGGGCAUCUCGGGGGCUGGUCUGAUGAUACUGCGCAACAAUCGGUGGAUGCUGCGUGGGACUGUCUCGGCGGCGUUGCCUGCGGAGGGAGAUGCAUACAUAUUGUACGCGGAUGUGGCCAAAUUUAUUGACUGGAUCAUGGCGUUUAUACUUUAAGAAAUGAAGUACUAGCUCCUAUGUGUAUGCUGAAAAUAAUAUUGUAUGUAUGUAUGUGUUCCAU